CGUCCUCUCAUGGAGAAACAGUUCUAGAGAGAGAGAGCGUUUCAGACAAUACUGUUGAAGAGAGAGAGAGAGAGAGAGGGGGAGACGGAGGGAGAUCUUGUGAAGGUGGGGAUUGCUUUCAGUAGACUCCUCUGUUGAAUCUCUUCCUUUACCCUUUCCCCUUCAAUCGAGCUGGCCGUGGCGCGUUGGGGAUUCCUUGAUUGCAGCAGAGGUUGAAGCUUUCACUGGGAACAAACCUCAAACCCUAUAGUUCUUUGUUCACCGUUCCCCCUUUCAUCUUUCAGGUCCCUUCUCCGACAACAAUCCGACUUCAAUGGUGGAUCAGGAAGAGGAGGAUCUCCAGAUGGCGCUGCGUAUGAGCAUGCAGCACUCUCCACCAGAGCCCAAGCGAAGUAGGCCGAGGGACGAAGCGGGAGCUUCGGCGCCCUCGCCAGAGGAGAGCCGCCGGAUGCAGCGGGAACUCAUGGCUGCUGCUGCUGAGAAGCGGAUGCUGGCCUUACAGAGUGCUACUGGUGCAGCCGCUCCCCCUCCCCCUGCUUCUGCCCUUGCUGCUCCACCAGCUGCAGCUUCAUCUGCUCCACAGGCUCCUAAGGAUGACAAAAGUACAGGGUUUGUGAAGACAGAGAAGGGAAUGGAGAGGGAAUUAUCAAGCGAGGAAGCAUAUGAGUUAUUCUCAAUGGUUUUUGGGCAUGAUGUUUCAAAGGGCAUCCUUGCUCAAUGGAGUAAUCAGGGUAUCAGGUUUAGCCUUGAUCCAGAAACAUCCAUGGGUCUAGUGCAGCAUGAAGGCGGGCCCUGUGGCGUCUUGGCAGCUGUGCAAGCAUUUGUUCUCAAAUACCUUAUUUUUUUCCCAGAUGAACUUAAUAAAGCUGUGCCAGGCAUGAUGCAGAUUUUUGGUCCAAGGGGAUCUUCUAAAAGACAGUUUCAGGGUUCAGAUAAUUUUUCCUCUCUCUCCGAGGAAAUAAAAAUAAGGGCGUUGAUCAGAAGUAUGGGUGAGAUAUUAUUUACUUGUGGAAGUGGAAAAAGAGUUAUCAUUGUAACUUUAAAUGUCUUGGGCCACGAUAUUGAUGAGGUUGACGGCAUGGAUGAUGAGACAGUUGCAAGAGCUCUUGAAGGUCUCUCAAUAGAGUCGGCUUCUGAUUUACAGAAAAUUUUAAGAGUUGAGACCUAUAAUGCACAAGCAGCUGUUUACCAAAGGCUCCAAGCAACACUUCCUAUAUUUCGAAGUCGUAUGGGGGCGAUUCUUUUUCUUAUUUCUGCACUGCUCUCUCGAGGACUGGAUGCAGUACAAGCCGACAGAGAUGAUCCGACCUUGCCUCUAGUUACCGCUCCAUUUGGGCAUGCUUCUCAGGAAAUUGUAAAUUUGUUGCUUUGUGGGGAGGCUGUGGCCAAUGUUUUUGAUGGAAGGAUGGAUCUUGGGGGCGGCAUGUUCUUAAAAGGCGUAUCUUCUAACGUAGAAGUCGGAUUUUUGACACUCUUAGAGUCACUUAAUUUCUGUAAGGUUGGGCAGAAUCUAAAGUGCCCAAGAUGGCCGAUUUGGGUUGUUGGGAGUGAGUCUCACUAUACCGUCUUGUUUGCCCUCAAUACGAGCGUCCAAGAGGAGAACGAACUUGAGGAGAGGGAAUCACAGAUCCGAAGAGCCUUCGAUGCCCAAGAUCAGAGUGGAGGUGGGGGCUUUAUUAGCGUGGAAGGUUUCCACCAAGUUCUGAGGGUCGCUAAUAUAAGGCUUCCUCAAGAAAGAGUUGAUAAUCUCUGCGGCAGCGGGUUUAUUGUGUGGAGUGAGUUUUGGCAGGUCAUUCUCGAUCUAGACAGAAGCUUGGGAGGGUUGAAGGACUCAUCGGGGCUGAUGGGCAAGAAGGUUUUUGACCUUUACCAUUUUAAUGGAAUAGCAAAGUCAGACUUAAAUGGGCAGUUGGCUGCAGGAGGAAGUGAGACUCCCCCUGUACAGAGGCCGAGGCUCACAAAACUGAAGGUCUCAGUUCCACCACGCUGGACCCCGGAGGAGUUCAUGGCUGACAUGUCAAGCACUUCAAGUUCGGUCGGGAACGAACAGGAUUCUAAGGACACAGACAUGACCAAACCCGAACCACCUCAGCAUGCACCUGUGGUGGACUGUGUAAGGACAAGAUGGCCUCGAGCUGUCUGUAACUGGGUGGGGGAUCCUCCUAGCAUCGUCUGAGAGGGUCUAGUUGAACUUCGGAACUUGAUUGCUCCAUGUUCUCUGUGUAGAAAUCAGGCAUGGGGAAGAAAUUUGGCGUUCUCUGGGAGUUUUCGUGUCCCGAGUUUGCUGGGGGCUUCGGGUAUAGUAACUGGAUAUACUUUGGGUUUCUCUUGUAGAGGUUGCAGAGUUUAAUUGAUGCCAUUACAUCUGUGUCAAGGACACCUGCAGAUAAUGUUGUGAGAUUGUAUUGUUGUCAAAUUGGGCAUGUUGUAUGAUUCAUUGCCGGCUGUACCUCGAUAAAAUGAUUGUCGGGCAAAAAAAAUUUUCGGCGCCUUGGGAACUUUUAAUAAGAAAAACACCAUCCUUACUUUUGA